AUGGGGGACCGGUACCAUAGCUCGCAGUCGCCGCGCAAUAGCGACGGCAGCGUCCCGGACGAGCGCUUCAGCAAACUCGUUUCGGAGACCAGUAAGGGCAUUUCCAGCUUCAAUCAGCUCACUCGCAGCAUUGCACAGAAAAUGUCCCUGUUCGGGACACCGCAAGAUUCACGGGCGAACCAUACGCAGAUCAAGGAACUGACGGAGAAGGGCAACAAGAUCGUGGCCAAGAUCAAUCGUCGACUGCAGGAACUCAGUCGAGGCGCCAAGGGCCCGAGCGGCCGCACGCGUCGAACGCAAGUGAACAAACUCUCGGCUGACUUUAAGAACCAAGCGCGCGUGUUUGAAGAGACGUGUGAGCGACUGCUGGAGUCCGAGCGACAGUCGGUCGAGUUCAUCCGUCGCUCGUCGCAGAGCUUUCGUGGUGGAGAUGGACACAAGACACAUGGAGAUACGCACAAGGCACGUGGAGGAGCAGAGUUUACCAACUACAGUGAAGACCAGAUCUACGCACAAGCCAAUGUGGUCAUUUACGACGAAGACGACCUGCAACGGAGAGAAGAAGACAUUAUCCAGAUCAAUCACCAACUGCGUGAGGUGAAUGCAGCUUUCCAAGAGAUCGAUGGACUCGUGCAGGACCAGGCGGAGACGGUGGUGGAAAUUGUUGAGAACACUGACACGGCCAAGGAAAACGUGGAGAAAGCACUAGAAGAAGUGCGGCAGGCGGAACAGAGCAGGAACUGUUGCGCGUGUUCACGGAUGAAGCUCAUCAUCAUCGCCAUCUUCACGUUGAUCGUCUUCAUUGCCGUGAUGGGGAUCAUUUUUGCCGCCAAGUGA